AUGCUGGAGGGCCAAAACCAGCUUUUGCUUAGCGUUUCGCUGAGCGAAAAACGGGCACAUAUGUACAACAAUCAAUUCAAACGGAAACAGAUACUGGAAUAUGUUAAGAUCGACUUGGAGAGAAGCGUCAGCGCUAACUUAGAAACAUUGGCACAAGCUGCACUUGUAAGCCAAGUGCCUUUAGCGUACAUGUUCAUCUACCGGCCAGUAUUGCUAGAUCUGGUGGCCAGAUGGGCAGAAUCGAAUAGUCAGGAUCAGCUUGUUAUGGUUGCAGACAGGCUAGCACAGGCCAUCGCAGUAUAUCCAGAGACUGCUACUUUGUGUGAUCAUUUUUUACAGACGCAGCACCAAAACCUCAAUUUAAUGUUGGAGAUGGGUGUAUCGCAGCCCGAGCCAGCGCUGCACGGUAUUCUCCUCGCAUACUAUCGGUUCUUACAAUUUGAUCGGGAGCGCUUUACCCGUUUCAUCACCCCCUCAACGCUCUACAAAGUGCUGCAAACUCAGUUUUCAAAUCACGCCAUCAAGUUUUUGGCGGUCAAAGUUCUCUCUGUUUAUUUGAAUAUGGCCGAGCAGGCGACGGUGGAUUUGAUCGAAAAGCACGCUCCUGCUGACACCGAAGGCAUUCUGGCACCAUUUGAUGGUGACAAUGAUGUCGACUACCGGUUUCUGGAGCUCAACGAAGCCCAGAGGUUAUCCCAAUAUCAAACAUUGCUGGAUAAGUACAACGAUAACCAGGUUGCAGUGCAGAAAAAAGUGGAGCUCGAUUCCUUAGUCAUAGAACCGUGCCACUUGAGCGCCUCUAUAAUGGCAAUUUUUGGGGUGCUUGUUCCCAGGGUCAACGCAAGCGCUCAGCGCUAUGAAGCCUGUUCGGAGAACAGGUUCGUCCCCACUAAAAAGGCGGUUUCUUUCAUACGAGAACUUAGUAGAUGCGUCCAGCACUCUAAACCGGUCAUGUUGGUGGGCAAGGCUGGGUCCGGUAAGACCUUCCUUGUGAAUCAGCUCAGUAAGUACACGGGUGCAUAUGAAAAGAUGGUCAAAAUUCAUCUUGGAGAACAAACCGAUGCGAAACUUCUGCUCGGCACUUACACCUCUGGCGAAAAGCCGGGAACUUUCGAAUGGAGAGCAGGCGUUUUGACUACAGCGGUGAAAGAAGGUCGGUGGGUUUUGAUCGAGGACAUAGACAAAGCACCAACGGAAGUACUUUCAGUUCUUCUCACUUUAUUGGAACAACGUCAAUUGAGCAUACCUUCCAGAGGAGAAACGAUCAAAGCUGCAAAUGGCUUCCAGCUAAUAUCCACUAUCAGGGUGACGGAUAAUGAUCAUAGAGACGAGAAGAAUUUUAAGCCUGACUUGAUCGGAAUCCGUUUAUGGGAAGUGGUUAACCUUACGGAACCGGACGAGAAGGAGCUCCAACAAAUCUUGACUCACAAAUUUUCAGCGUUGUCACAUCUGAUCGGACGUUUUAUCACCAGUUAUCACCUAGUCCAAAAUGUCUAUUCAAAUCCUCAAUUCAUUUCUAUGAAUAGAGGCGUGCACCCUAGAGCUGUGACGGUACGUGAUUUGGUCAAGUUUUGCAGCAGAGUUGAGGAGAUUUUCAAAGACAACAGCAUCAAAAGCUCACAAGAACUGAUCCCAUCCCAUGUCUACGAUAGCAUUUUCUUCGAAGCUGCCGAUUGUUUUGCCUGCGCAAUUGGCGAGUUGAGAGCUCUGAAGCCUAUAGUUGAAACCAUAGGUGUCGCAUUAGAAAUACCCGCCUCAAGAAUUAAUCUUUAUCUCUCGAAACAUGUUCCAGUGUUCGAAGAGUCCAAAACUACUUUGAAAAUUGGUAGGACAAUAUUAGCCAAGAACCGCGCAAGACUGGUAAAGAAAUCUAUGAAUAACACCUCCUUUGCACGUACAAAUCACUCCCUCAGAUUGAUGGAACAGGUCGGAACAGCAAUCAAAAUGUGCGAGCCCGUUUUGCUCGUUGGUGAAACUGGUACCGGUAAGACAACUGUCGUCCAGGAAAUGGCCAAAGCCCUCAGCCAAAAGUUAACGGUGAUAAAUGUGUCCCAACAAACUGAGAGCGGUGAUCUACUUGGCGGAUUCAAACCGGUAAACACUAAAACAAUUGCAAUUCCAUUACUGGAAGAUUUUGAGAGCAUUUUUCCUGCUACGUUCUCGAUGAAGAAAAAUGAAAGGUUUUAUACGAUGGUGCACAAGUGCUUCAAUAAGGGCCAGUGGAAAAAUGUCAUCAAACUCUUGAAUGAAGCUAUCAAGUUGGCAAGGAAUAUUCUUUGCCAAGACGAAGUCGAAUCCUCUUCUGACAACCAGAAAAAGAAAAGAAAACUCAACUCACAUGAAAAUAAGAUAUUACUGGAUAGAUGGUCCGAGUUUCAUCAUAGUAUCUCAAAAUUUGAAGCUCAGUACUCUUCCAUAGAGAAUUCCUUUGUUUUCAGUUUCGUGGAAGGCUCUUUGGUUAAGGCCGUGCGCAAUGGCGAGUGGCUUUUAUUGGAUGAGUUGAACUUAGCUUCACCAGAUACUCUCGAAAGUAUAUCAGAUCUUUUGUCCGAGCCAACAACUCGUAGUGUGCUACUAUCGGAGAAGGGUCAAGCUGAACCAGUCAAGGCUCAUCCAAAUUUUAGAAUAUUCGCUUGUAUGAAUCCCGCCACAGACGUCGGCAAACGAGACUUACCACUCGGUGUUCGCUCACGGUUCACUGAGAUAUACGUGCAUUCUCCCGAUCGUGACAUCACGGAUCUUUUAGCAAUUAUUGACAAAUACAUCGGCUUAUUCAGUGUCAGCGACGAAUGGGUCGGAAACGAUGUUGCUGAGCUAUACCUGGCAGCAAAGAAACUUGCGGAAGCGAAUAAACUUGUUGACGGUUCUAAUCAGAAACCUCACUUUAGUAUCCGUACCUUGACUCGAACCUUGAUAUAUGUUAGAGACAUCGUCAAGGUCUACGGGUUGCGCAGAUCAUUGUAUGAAGGCUUUUGCAUGUCUUUUCUCACUUUGCUGAAUGAAAACUCCGAAGCCUUGCUGAGACCGCUCAUCGAGAAGUUCACGUUAGGAAGGUUGAAGAACCCUAAAUCGGUCAUUUCACAGUCUCCGCCUUGUCCUGGCACUGAUUAUGUACAGUUCAAACACUACUGGAUGAAAAAGGGAGCGCAUGAACUUCAAGAACAACCGCAGUACAUCAUAACACCAUUCGUUGAAAAAAAUAUGCUAAACCUAGUGAGAGCAACCUCAGGACGUAGGUUUCCUGUAUUGAUACAAGGCCCAACAUCUGCUGGUAAGACGAGUAUGAUCAAAUACCUCGCCGACAUCACCGGCCAUGAAUUUGUUCGUAUCAACAAUCAUGAGCACACCGAUCUCCAGGAGUACCUUGGCACAUAUAUGGCCGACGAAACUGGAAAGCUAUCAUUCCGGGAAGGUGUUUUGGUCGAUGCACUAAGAAAGGGUCACUGGAUUGUUCUUGAUGAGCUUAAUUUGGCCCCCACGGACGUGCUGGAGGCAUUAAACAGAUUACUCGAUGAUAAUCGUGAGUUGUUUAUUCCUGAAACCCAAGAGGUAAUUCAUCCUCAUCCUGAUUUCAUGCUUUUUGCUACUCAAAACCCUCCUGGCAUUUAUGGUGGGCGUAAAGUUUUAUCUAGGGCUUUUCGCAACCGUUUCCUUGAGUUACACUUCGACGAUAUACCUCAAGAUGAACUCGAAAUCAUUUUAAGAGAAAGAUGCAAGAUCGCGCCAUCAUAUGCUCAAAAGAUUGUAGAAGCUUACCGCCAAUUGUCAGUUCAACGUUCAGCUAUGCGUCUUUUCGAGCAGAAGAAUAGUUUUGCCACGCUUCGUGAUCUGUUCAGGUGGGCCCUGAGAGACGCUGUGGGAUACGAAAAUCUGGCAGCUAAUGGCUACAUGCUGCUCGCAGAGAGGUGUAGAACCACAGAAGAAAGAGCUCUCGUCAAGCGAGUUCUCGAAAAGGUGAUGAAAGUCAAGCUGGAUAUGGACAAAUAUUACGAAACGUUAGAAAUCGAAGGACUCCAGGCCAUGCAAAGCUCUGUCAUAUGGACGAAGGCUAUGCGUAAACUUGCUGUCUUGGUAACUACGUGUUUGAAAAAUAAUGAGCCAGUUCUUUUAGUUGGAGAGACAGGUUGCGGAAAAACAACAAUAUGUCAACUCAUAGCGCGUUUCACCGGUCACCAGCUCGUUACUUUGAAUGCUCACCAGAACACGGAGACCGGCGAUAUCCUCGGUGCUCAGCGCCCUAAUAGACAUCGCUCUGAAAUUCAAGGAGAAUUGCUCAAACUGCUAAUGAAAGUGCUUAAAUUUGCGAGUCAUAGCAUGCCCACUAUGGAUGAGCUAUUGGGCACAUAUAAGCGAGCGGACAAGACGUUCAUGGAUCCUGCUGAGGUGAAGGCAAUUGGAGAUCUACAGGAUAAGCUAAACGUUCUAUUUGAGUGGUGCGAUGGUCCUUUAGUGCAAGCUUUGAACGAAGGAAAGUUUUUUUUGCUGGAUGAGAUAUCGUUAGCGGAUGAUUCAGUCUUAGAAAGGCUUAAUAGUGUCUUGGAGCCCGAGAGAAAUCUCCUGCUGGCAGAGAAAGCCGGGCCUGAUAGCUUAGUAAAGGCUGCGGACGGAUUCCAAUUUUUCGCGACAAUGAACCCAGGCGGUGACUACGGGAAGAAAGAGCUUUCUCCAGCUUUAAGAAAUCGUUUCACUGAAAUAUGGGUUCCAUCUAUGGAAGAUUUUGAUGACGUACGCUUGAUCGUGUCCUCGAAGCUCAAGUUAGAACUCUCUUCGCUGGUUGACCCCAUUGUUCAAUUUUCGAAGUGGUUUGGCGAAAGGUUUGGAGGAGGCACGACCAGCAAUGGUAUUAUUUCUUUGCGUGAUAUUUUGUCUUGGAUCCAGUUCGUGAAUGUCUCAAUUGAGAGACUAGGAAACGAAGUUGCUGCUUUAGUACAAGGUGCCGCAAUGGUCUUCAUUGAUACUCUUGGAACCAACAACACAGCUUACCUUUCGGAGAAUGCAGAGACACUGAAAUUGCAGAGAAUGGAGUGCCUCGAAGUGCUAGGAAAAUUCUAUGGCGAGGAUGUGCGUCCGUACUACUUACAGCAACCAACCUUAGUAAUUGAGGAUCGAAACGUUCAAGUAGGGAUGUUUGCGCUUGACAGAGGAGUGUCAGCUUCAAGCCCGCAGUUUAACCUGAAUGCCCCCACAACCUUGAAUAACCUCAUGAGGGUCGUAAGAGCUAUGCAGGUUCAAAAACCAAUCCUUUUGGAGGGUAGCCCUGGUGUCGGGAAAACCAGUCUUGUUUCAGCUUUGGCAGAAUCCACUGGAAAUAAAUUGACACGGAUAAACCUAUCAGAACAGACAGACUUGGUGGAUCUAUUCGGAUCAGAUGCUCCUGGUGAAACAACCGGAGAAUUUGUUUGGCGGGAUGCACCCUUCCUCAGGGCAAUGCAGCUAGGGGAAUGGGUUUUAUUAGACGAAAUGAAUCUUGCUUCUCAGUCUGUUUUGGAAGGUUUGAAUGCCUGCUUGGACCACAGAGGAGAGGCGUACAUUCCUGAACUGGAUAAGGCAUUUACGAAACACCCUGGAUUUACGGUUUUUGCCGCUCAAAACCCCCAAAAUCAAGGUGGAGGCAGAAAAGGUCUACCUAAAUCUUUUGUCAACCGGUUCAACGUCGUCUUUGUAGACGUCUUGUCAUCUGAGGAUCUAUUUCUCAUUGCAUCCCAUCUGUACCCUGAGAUAAACCCUAAUUGGUGUACUCAGUUGAUAGAGAUAAUAUCCACAAUGGAAGAUGAAGUGUCCAAUCGGAGACUGUGGGGUCACGCAGGAUCUCCGUGGGAAUUCAACCUAAGAGAUACUUUGAGGUGGUUGAAACUACUCAAGGCCCCAAAUUUGACCACCGGUGCUGGGCCUGUUGAAUAUCUGGACAUGAUCUUAACGCAGAGAUUUAGGACUCACGAAGAUCGUAGCAGAGUUGCAAAGAUGUUUGAACAUUUCUUCGGUAAAAAAGAUGAACGUCCCAGCUACUUCAGAAUUACAGCUGAGUAUUUGCAGGUGAAUAGCGAAAUCAUGCCAAGAGCAGCAUUUGUCAAGCAUCAUUCGCUUCGCGGGUUGACACCCCUGCAGUGCAACUUUCAGGUGUACGAAUCUGUUCUGAGGUGCGUUAAACAAAACUGGCCGCUCGUUCUUUGCGGGCCCACCAACUCUGGAAAAUCGGAAAUCAUAAAGUAUGUUUCAGGAGUUUUAGGCGCGAAAGUUAGUAGCUUUCCUAUGAACUCAGACACGGACAGCAUGGACAUUUUGGGUGGUUACGAACAAGUUGAUCUCAAUAGAAAAAUUGGUCAGACAGUGGACCGCAUGCUAACGACUCUUAGAGAAUUGAUUGCCAUCAAUCUUGGUUCGAGACUGUGUGGUGAUGAUGCCAAAAUGACAGCCCUUACUCUCUUUCAAUUCAUAACGACACACUCGAUGGAUACUUUAAAUUUACCAUCUUUGUUGCAGCUGAUGGAGAGGAUCGAUCAGUUUAUUAACAACGAUACGAUUUCGGAGGCACUUGCUGAACUUCAAGCCAUACGGGGGGAAUUAGAUAAACCGUCUUCGGUCACCUUUGAGUGGUUUGACGGCUUACUACUCAAGGCAAUGGAAGAAGGAUCGUGGCUCAUUCUCGAAAAUGCGAAUCUGUGCUCUCCAUCUGUUUUGGAUAGGUUGAACUCGCUUUUGGAAACUGACGGAUCCUUGAUCAUUAACGAAUGCAGUCAUGAAGAUGGACGGCCCAAGGUUGUUGACCCGCACCCAGAUUUCAGGCUCUUUUUGACUGUAGAUCCGAAAUUCGGAGAGUUGUCCAGGGCAAUGCGGAACAGAAGUAUUGAAAUCUAUGUCGACGACUUAUCAACCAGAUGUUCUUCAUUCGAUAUGGUCAAUAUGGCGGGUCAAAAGUCGCAGAAGGCCAGAGACACUGCUCCCGCUAUAGAGAAAGACAAGCCAAUCAACUUAGAAGUAGUGCCACUGUCGCGUUACAUUAUGUCAGACAACUCGUUUGCAUCAGAAUACGGCCACCUACACGAUAUAUCAGCAAUCUCAACUUCAAAUCUUGCUGAGUCGAUUGUGUUCAUUACCUCCCUUUCUGUGUUCCCAACGUUAACCGCCUGGGAGACAAAUGUUUGCAACUCGAGAUAUUACCGCGAGGACGAAUUUGUAUCAAAGCUCGUUAUGUUGGCUCAAUAUUUCAAUGAUAACGGGAUAUUGCAGUCGCUCGCUAAAAUCUAUGAUGAUUACGAGCAACUUGCCUCAGGACUAUUGAAGGAUCCAAAGUGUUUUCCAAGAGCACAAUCUUUGAUGCCUUCUGUUAACGCGUAUGUUUCGAAAUGUCUGGCACACAGUCACCCUACGAUCACGACAUCUGAACCGGCCUUUUUUUUCGACACCCUAAGGCUACUUAACAGCUUUUCAGUUGCUCUUGACACUACUACAAGGAGGGCACAGCAUGCGAAAUUGAGUGAUCUUACCUAUGUGGAGUUAAGCGCCGCAAACUACCAAGGUCGUGCAAUCAAAAAACCUCCGCAGAUUCCAAUAUUCGAAGUACUUUCACUUUUGAAAGCACAUAUCUUAGAGAGUUUGAUGUCAAAAGCUCUUUUCACUUUCCCCAAUCUGUGCAAAGAUUACUUCGACCUCUGUUCUAUAUGGAUUGGUGCUUUUGAGACUUCUAAAAACCAUGAUAACGCCAAGUUAAGGGCCUAUCAAGAUUUACUAGAAUCGUGGCAGCAAGAAUCGAACUUGGAAAGUCACGAAACCCAAGACGUACUUGUUAUUGCCAAAAAACUGGGCGGCGCGUUAUUGAUGGAUACGGGUCGCUCAAUGACGUCUAUCUGGAACGCAUUCAGGCAAGUACAGCCAAGCUCAAAGCACGACUGGGAAAGACUUGAACAGCUGUUGGUUGUCUCCAGAAAGUUUGACGAUGUUGCUGACGGACAAUUCUCUGAUUCCUAUGCGCUGAUAGCUCAACUAAGAGAUACCAUCGGGGACCUCAGACUCAGUAUUCUGUCUGGCGAUACCUCAGAUUUUGAUGAGGUAUUAGUUACUUUGCAGAAGGGUGUGGAUCAACUAGACACCAUAUCGAGGCGGUUUUUAAAUCCGAGAAAGCAUUUCUUCAAACCUGAGUUUGAUGCAUUGUUACGUUUGGUCUGCAACGAAGGGCAAAAAAUGGAUUAUGCCCUCAAUAAAAUUGCUUCGUACACCUCUAUUUCCACAGAAACACUAUUGAGCAUGAAGCAAGUUUCGCAGGACCGUCCAGCAGUCUUUGAUCUACUAUGGAAAAAGACUCAAGGGCAAUUUGAGUCUUCCACCAUUUCCAUCUUUGAUAGUUCCACUUUAGAAAAUGUUGCAAACAAAGCAAUUUCAUUCAGCAAGGUUAUUGGGAGCCAAUUGUCGCAGGCGUUAGAAGACGCUUUGGUAUUACGGGAUCAACUUGUUGAGUCAUCGCAUUCGAUCGUCGGUCAUCAACUGAAUCUGUACAGAAAUGCUCUCCUCGAGUGGUACAGAAAAAUCGUCUCUCUACAUGUUGAAGUAAAACCUAAAGCGACUUUAGGAGAAAUUCAGGAGGCACUUUCCAACUACGAAAAUACGUGGUUCAAGAAUAUCCACGAGCAAUUCCUGUUGGCAGGUGCAGUGUCCGCCCUAGAAUCAGAUACCUUGUCCUCACUCGGUAAAGCAUGGGUUUUGUUCUCUGCUGGCGCUUUGCAAUUGUUCGUUCCCAGCACUUCUUUUGAUCCAGCCAUCAAUGACUAUGUCCUCUAUGACAACUACAUGAUCAAGCAGUCACUGUCAAACGAGUUGUUGCGCAGUUGGGAAUGCUGUCGAGUAGUCCUAAGUGGAGAUAAACCCACAGCUAUGGAGGAACUAAUGAGCGAAGCCACCCAUAAUCAUCCGCCAGCCAAGCCCAGAGUUUACAGACCGCAAAAAGCUAUAGACCCAUUGUUCGAGGAAUGGGGCGCACUCAUGAAAUCUACAAUUGGGGCAGAGCCUGUCGAGAGGCUACUUACGUCGCUAGAGGGGUUUGAGUCUCUUUCAGAAGGUCAGCUCAACCUAUUCCAGCAAAAUUCGUCGCAGUUUCUCGAGCGGUUAAUAUCAAAUUAUGGAGUGUACUCUGACUUGAACGAGAUUUUCCGCGGAUAUGUUCUUGGUCUAAAAUUUGGAUUUGAUCUAGUCAAACAGGGAAGGAUCGACGCGCAGAAGAAGAUGAAUUUAAAGCCUUUAUGGACCCUCGAUCUGCAUGUGUUGAGUAACCCUGAGCGUAUCAACGACUCGUAUGCUCAGCUGCAACCUCUUUUCAAGAGCUUUACGGUCGAGUCAUUGUGCGUUGAACGCAUUGCGAACUUUUACCUCAAGCUGUUCAGUUUCCACGGUAAGGAUGUCCGGCUCGGGAACACCUUUGAGAAUGCCCUUCAAACAAUGUAUUACAGGUGGUCCAUGCGCCGCUUGAGGGAUGAGAAGGAGGCUCAAGCUAAGGUUGGGGUUUACAAAUUCGACGACGUCGACGCAGAUGUCGAAUCGGAUUUCAGAAGACUUUUUCCAGAUUAUGAACAAGUUCUUUUGGUGGGCGAGGAGCCGUCAUCAGAGUCCGUGAAUGAAGAGGGUCUCGAAGAUAUCUAUUACGAUGUUGCUAAAACUUAUCUAAGAACUUUUGGUGAUGAACCUCCAGCUGAUCUGCCAGAAAUGAUUAGCGAUGGAUGCCGGGUCAGUGAUGCUCUAAAAGAAAUUGGCGCAGCAUGCAAAACGUGCUCUCCUGGCCCAAGCAUCUUGAUUUCGGUGUUAGGUCAGCUCACCCAGGAGUUGAAAAGUUUCGAGAGUCAAAAGCAGGUGAAUGAAUUGGACUUUUAUCGUGGGUUUUCACUGUACGAAACAAAAAGGGCUGUGGCAGUGGUAGAAAAACUCUGGAUUUCAACUAGCAACUUGCUGGCCCAAUGGCCUGAACAUUCUACACUUAAUGAUCUAUUCCGGGUGUGCCAAGAGUUCAUGAAUUACUCCGGAAACACGCCCAUCGCACGCCUCCUCCAAAAGAUUGAGCAAAUAUUUACGAUUGUUACCGAAUGGGAGAAGUACGCGUCGGUCUCUGUUUCGUUGCACGACUCUGUGCGAGAACUCACUGAUCUUGUUGUUUCGUGGAGAAGAUUGGAGCUCCGUACCUGGAACAGCUUGUUUGAUCACGAGCAUUUGGCGCUCAACAAGACCAUGGGUAAAUGGUGGUUCUAUCUUUACGAGACGAUCACUCUUACGUUUUCGGAAGAGCAAUCAGGAGAUACAAAUACUUUCGAUAGAAUUGCUAAGCUACUUGGAUCUCUCAAUGUCUUCUUAAGCAAGUGUAGCUACGGAGAGUUCAGUGGUCGCUUGGCCCUUUUGAGAGCAUUUGCAAACCACGCCAAAUUUUCGAUGGGGCAGGAUUCGAAUGUCACCCAGGCUUUGUUUAACCUGAUAACAUUCUUUGAUCAAUUUUCCGCAACCAUUGCCGAAGCUAUAAAGGAAGGUAGAAAGAAAUUGGAAAAAGAGGUUUCUGACGUGAUUUUACUUGCCAGCUGGAAGGACGUGAAUAUUGAUGCUCUCAAACAGAGCUCGCACCGGUCUCAUAAUAGUCUUUACAAGCUGGUGAGGAAAUAUCGCACUUUGCUUUCUCAAAAUGUGUUCUCAGUUAUUGAAAGCGGCCUACAAGGUAGUACACACAGAAGCUUCCAGACUGAAGGUUUUGUGGCGAGCAAAGCUAGUGAUACUCCCUCUUUGGAUAUCAACGCUUUGGUGGUCCGCAUCUCUAGCUGGGGUGAUAGACCGGCUUUUUUGAAGAACUCGGAGCUGAGCUCCAGAAAAAUGUUCAGCCACUGCUCAUCAAUAGAGUCAGAAGAAUACCCUCAAUUGACAGCGUUUGCGGAUGACGUGAGUGCAGAGGUGCGUCGUUUGCGCGACGAGACACCAAAAGUGUAUAACAAGAAGGAAAAGAAACUGCUGGCUGCUUUGAGAAUUCAAAAAUCAAAAUUGCUGAAUGACUCUUUGAAAGAGCUGAGAAGAAUGGGUCUUAAGACCGCAUUCAGACAAGAUAUACGGAAGGUUCAGGAAUCAGUAACGUCUGUGUUAAGCUGCGUACAAAACUUCGAGGAUUCUCCACUAGAAAAAUGCGAUUCCUACUUUUUUAGGAUUCUUGAACUGAUGCCACGUCUUCGCUUCGUCAUCUCGAGCCCCGCGGCUGAUGCUCCUCUCGCGCCUAUCGAGAAAGGCUUAGCCGUGGUCGAAAAUCUACUGUACUUUUUGAUCACAAGCCGGAAAACCUUUCAUGAAUCCUCAAAUAAUUAUGUGCGUCUCAAGAAACUAUACGGAACCUUGGAGCAAACUUCCCAGUCGACUAAGGGUUUAAUGCACGGAUCGCUAGUGACAACCUUUGACAAAUUCGCUUACAUGUGUUCGUGGCUUCCAAAGAUUUUACGCUAUGCUCUCGACACGCUCAUCAUGACAGUAUCAACUUCAGAAUCCGGGUGGCUAGCUACUCUUCUCUCAGAGGGUAUUGAGAAAACUUCUCAGUUCAAAGUGGCUAGUGAAAGACCAGUUUUGGACAGUGACUCUUCCACAGUUCUUACCGAGUUCAAUGAUUUUUGUGACGACUUCGUCGACAGGCUGUCAACAAACAGCUCAACUAAAACCGCUUUCAUUUCCCAAGUGGUCAUUGAUUGGAUCGCUGAGCAUAAGGUAUCUCACUACCAUCCAGAUUCAUCAACAACCGAUGUUAGUCUGGAAAACAUUGAAAACGCUUUCCGUAAAGUGAGUACAUCGAUCAUGCUCACAAUUCAGCAACUUUUGGAAAGCCAAACAGAAAGAAUCACGACGGAAGAUGACAACUGGUUACUCAACUCUCAUAAGAGGAUCACCACUUUGUCGAGGAGUGUUAGCAUUUCUAGAGUUUCGUCCAAUGUUGAAAAAGCUCUUGGGUUGAUUCAAUCCCAAAAUUUCUCCGUUGAUCAGUCCCAGAUCAUAGUUGCUGUUGUGAGGUUCACAAUGCCAAUGAUAUCGAGAUAUUUCCAGUUUUUGGUAUCUUUGAUGAACAAAAUAAAAUCCGAGUAUCAUUCACUGUCCUAUGCAACUUUCACCUUGGCGUCAAUCCUUUACAAUCUGGGCAAGAACGGUUUCUGCUCACCCAGUCCCCCCGAAGAAGAAACCGAGGACUCCAAUCUCCAGGAAGGGACCGGGCUCGGAGAUGGUGAAGGAGCGCAAAAUUCUAAAGAUGUCGAGGAGGACGAGGAUCUUUUGGAAGAUGCGCAAAAGCCAAACGAGGAUCAAGACAAAAACGAUAGCGAAGAAAACAGCGAAGAUGAUGCUGUCGAUAUGGAUGGAGAUAUGGCAGGCGACUUGGAAAAUGCUAGCGGCGGUGACGAUGAUGAGGGUAAUGAGGAAAAUGAAGAGAAUGAAGACUUGGACGAGGAGGUUGACAACUUAGACGACGACGAUCCAAACGCAAUUGAUGAGAAAAUGUGGAAUGAAGAACCCGAGGAUUCUAGCAAAGAGAAGCAAGCAGACGACGCUCCAGUGAAUUCUGCCAAUGAUGACGUUCAAGCCGCUGAAAACGAGAAUGGCGAUCAAUCCUCAGAGGCCAAAAGACCUGAAGCUGAAGAUGCUGCAGACGGUGAAGAAGAAGAUGAAAGUGACAGGGAUGAAGACCACUCGGACGCAGACUCUGAUGAAGAGAAUGACGCCGCUGGACAAGACGACGAGAUUAAAAACGAUGAAAAUGGUGACAUCGAUAGCGCGGUGCCCGAAGUUGAAACAAUGGACUUACCAGAGGACAUGAAUUUAGACUCAGGAGACGAGGACUCAAUUGAUAAUGCCAGCGAAAGUGAAGAUGAAGAAGGCUCUGGCGGCGAAAAAGAGGACGAUGCUCUGAAUAACACAGGAAUGAACGACAAAGACGAUGAAGAAGUCGGUGAGGAUGACAUUCAAGGGGACAAAGAUGAUGUUAAUAUGGAGGAGGAGGAUGAUGAUGAUGAUGAUCCAACCAAUCCCGACGAGGGACCUGCCAAUGAAGAUGAAAAUGCGCGUGAUGACGAAAUGGAAGAUCAAAACUCAGAAACAGAAACAAAUCCACUUGAGGAAGAUUCUGCAGAGCUUCUUAACAAUCAAAAUGAGGAGAUGGACAGUAGAGAGGCAGGUGGAGAAGAGGGUGCCGACGAGAAUUUAGAAGGCCUAGACGGCGCAGAUGACAUGAUGAAUGUUGACAAUGACGACUUCGACCCAAAUGUGCAGCAAGAAAGCGGCGCGCAAGGUAAAGGCGCCGACGCUGUCAACAACCAAGAAGACGAAAAUAUAGGGGAUUCCGGUAAUGCUCAACAGGAAAUGCAGGAAGAUGCAGGCGAUGCCCCUGAAGUUUCUAGACAAGAAGCCAAAGAUAGUCUGAAGCAAUUAGGUGAUAGCUUGAAAGAGUUUCACAGAAGACACCAGGAGAUCAAAGAAGCAUCCAAUAACGAAGAGGUGAAAGAAGAAGCGGCAAGCGCUAACGAGCGGCCUGACAGUUUCGAGCACUUGGAUGGUCCAAAUACUGAUCAUGACACACAAGCCCUAGGCUCUGCUGACAAAGACCAAACGACCACUGUCAACGACGAGAUGGCGAUUGAUGAUGAAGCGGAAGAUCUAGAAGAAGAAGAAAAUGAACAGACCGAAGAAGCUCUUCCCAAAGGCGAGGCUCUUCCUGAAGAAGAAAACGCCGAGCAAAUGCCUUUAGAACAGGCCCAUGACCGGGACAGUCAAGGAAGGGCUAAUGGUUCACCAUUGGAACUACUAGAGGAUGCGCGCCAGCAGAAGACCGUCACUAACCCAGAGCCAUUUGAAGCCGAUAACAAUGAUUUAGACGAUAUCAUAGAUGCAAUUGAUCAAAAAGUUGUUCUCGACGAGGCCACCGCUGAACCACCUAGAACUUUGGAGGAUGCUCGCAACCUUUGGAGAAAGAGUGAAAUCGAAACUGCUGAUCUAGCUGCUGGGCUAGGCGAACAACUGCGUCUCAUUUUGGAACCCACAUUGGCUACAAAGCUAAAGGGCGACUACAAAACCGGAAAAAGGCUAAACAUGAAGCGUAUAAUACCAUACAUCGCAUCUCAGUUCCGUAAGGACAAGAUUUGGUUAAAACGAACCAAGCCAAGCAAACGCCAAUACCAGAUCAUGAUCGCCGUCGAUGAUUCCAAAUCCAUGAGUGAAUCAAAGUCCGUGGACCUAGCGUUUCAGAGCAUUUGCCUGGUUUCAAAAGCACUCACACAGUUGGAAUCUGGAGGGCUUUCCAUCGUAAAGUUUGGAGAUACAACACAGGAAGUUCAUCAAUUUGAUAAACCUUUUGGAAAUGACGCUGGUGCUAAAAUUUUCCAAUGGUUCGACUUCCAGGACACUAGAACAGACGUCAAAAAAUUGGUAGCUGAGUCUAUUCGCAUUUUUGACCGUGGUCGGAACCUAAAUAACGCCGAUCUGUGGCAAUUGCAGAUAAUUAUCUCUGAUGGUGUUUGCGAGGACCACGAAACGGUUCAAAGGCUGGUUCGUCGCGCCCGAGACAAUAAAAUCAUGCUAGUAUUCGUUAUCAUCGAUGGCAUCAAUACAUCGGAAUCGAUAAUGGAAAUGAGUCAGGUCAAGUAUGUUCCAGAUAGCUUUGGAAACCUUCAACUAAAAGUAGAGAGAUAUCUCGAUACUUUCCCGUUUGAAUUUUAUGUGCUUGUCCGCGAUAUCUCAGAGUUGCCAGAAAUGUUGUCAGUUAUUUUACGCCAGUAUUUUUCUGAGCUUGCAUCUCACUAG